AUGACAGUCACAUAUCUCUGCGGGUGUAGCUACUACACCCACCCUCAAGCAAAGCCAGUCUACCUCCCCCGUAUUGGCAUCAAAGCCCAUGCAAGUAUCCUCUCAUCCGUCUCCAGAACGGUGCUCACUCAAACGUACACAAACCCAUCCAAGAACCCCCUGGAAGAAGUCUCAUACACCUUCCCGCUCUACGAUGGCGUCAGCGUAGUAAGUUUCGACUGCCUGAUCGGCGACCGCACCCUGCACAGCCGGGUCAAGCCAAGCAAGCAAGCCAAGGCGGAAUAUGACGAUGCCGUCUCAAAGGGCGAGUCUGCAGCGCUGAUGGCCCAUUCGCUGAGUGCCUCGGAUGUAUUCUCCAUUCGACUUGGGAACGUCGGGCCUGGAGAGAAGGUCGUCGUGGAAAUUACCCUUAUCGGAGAGCUGAAGCAGGAUGCGCAGAGUGAUGCGGUGCGGUAUACGCUGCCUAAUUCUAUUGCGCCGCGGUAUGGCUAUCGGGCGGAGGAUAUGAGCAUGCCGCUGGAGGCAGAUGUGGAGGGUAUUUCUAUUACUGUGGAUGUGCAGAUGGAGAGUACGGCUGUUAUCCGGGAGAUUCAGUCGACGAGUCAUUCGCUGAGCGUGGCGCUGGGACGGGUGUCGGUGUCGGUGUCCGGUACGUCUGACAAGGCGUUCAAUCCGGCGCAGGCGUCUGCAAGUGUCAAUCUUAAGGAAGAUCGGACGGCUCUGACGCGCGACUUUGUCCUCCUUGUCAAGGCGGAUGGACUCGACACGCCCCGUGCGAUGGUGGAGACGCACCCGACUAUCCCAAACCAACGGGCGAUUAUGACGACUCUUGUCCCGAAGUUCGGCCUUGAGCCGAUUAAGCCGGAGAUUAUCUUUGUGAUCGAUCGCAGUGGGAGUAUGAUGGACAAAAUCGACACUCUCAAGUCAGCCCUCAGAGUCUUCCUCAAGAGUCUCCCGGUAGGAGUGUGUUUCAAUAUCUGCUCGUUUGGCAGCGCGCACUCCUUCCUUUGGAUACAGAGCCUUUUCUACACUGCCGAGAGCCUUCAGGAAGCUCUGAGCUUUGUCGACGGCGUCCGUGCAGAUAUGGGCGGAACGGAGAUGCAGGAGGCCGUCGAGGCUACGGUCCACAGUCGGAUGAAGGACAAGGAAUUGGAGGUCCUGAUACUGACGGAUGGACAAAUCUGGAACCAACAGACACUCUUCAAAUUCAUUCGUGAGACGGCAGCUGACAACAGUGCACGGUUCUUCUCACUUGGAAUCGGCAAUGGGGCGUCGCAUUCGCUCGUCGAGGGGAUUGCGCGGGCUGGGAAUGGCUUCUCGCAGUUGGUGGUGAACUACGAAGAGCUGGACAGGAAGGUAGUGCGCAUGCUCAAGGGAGCGCUGACGCCACAUAUUUCCGACUACAAGCUGGAGAUCGAACAUGAUGACACUGGCGAGGAUUUUGAGGUCGUUCUCCCGGAGCGGCCGAAGACCAUGGCUGUCGAUGAGACGGAAACGAAGCAGCAUCCGAUUUCCCUCUUUGAUGCAAACUACAAGGAGGACGAGCAGAAGACGGACAGCGAACCCCUGCCGAUCCUUACACCUCCCCAGACCAUCCAAGCACCAUACAAAAUCCCUCCUCUCUACCCUUUCAUUCGGACCACAGCAUACCUCCUAGGUUCAGCAAACAUGCAGAAUCCCAAAGCCCUCAUUUUCCGAGCCACAUCCAAGCAAGGUCCGCUUGUCCUGCGCAUUCCCAUCGACGACAUUGGCACGGGAGAGACAAUCCACCAACUUGCCGUUCGAAAAGCCAUGAUCGAGCUCGAGGAAGGACACGGCUGGCUCGCCGCCGCAACCGGCAACGGAAACUCAUUCAAUAAUCUCCAUCCCGCCUCAAAAGAACGCAUCAUCGCUCGCGAAUGCGAGAAACUCGGAACCCAGUUCCAAGUAACAGGCAAGCACUGCUCGUUCAUCGCCCUAGAGAAAGACAGCACCUCGGACCAGGAGAAAGAGAGGGAUAUUGCCGACCUGCCUACCUCCAAGGCUACUGGCGAAGGAAGUACCGUCCACCAGGUUAGCGCAGCAGUACCCGGUCCUGCUCGCGCCAAGUGCAGGAGGGUAUCCUCAAAAGCGCAUAGGAAGAUAGUGCCACCGACACCACCGUCACAAGGGACCCGGUUCAGUGCACGUUUACGGGCAGGAGAAACAUCAAGGUCGUCGAAUUCAGAGCAGCGCUGGGCUAAGACUUCAACAGCAAGGGCAGUCCCAGAGUCGUUAUUCGGUGCGCCUGGAGUUGCAAGAUUCGUGGAUAUGAAGGCAUCAGCACUGGCUCCGCCUUCGGCUCCAGGGAUGGGACUUGGAUUUGAUGCACUGACGGAGCCGGCAAUCUGUCCGCCCGCCCACGUCUCGGAGGAUAUGAUGGAGAUGGAAGGCGCAGACUCCGAUGGCGCUGUUGGGUAUACCCCGACGUCUCCUAUCUUGUCUUCUACAUUCGGCAAUGAGACGACCGGAGCAGCUAGCAGAGUCCACAGGAUUAUUGCCUUGCAGUCGUUCGAGGGUUACUGGACAUGGUCAGAGGAGCUGAUGAACGCCUUAGGGCUGGAUGAGCGAGAUAUUCGUGCUCGGCUGAUGAAACUAUUCCAGAAGGACAGUAGAGGCUCUAAUCUGACGGUCAUUGCGACCAUGUUGGUCAUGGCGUACCUCAUCACCAAGUGUGCUGGUGAUCGCUCGGUCUGGGAAUUGGUGUACGACAAGGCUGAGGGGUGGAAGAGACAGCAACUCGUGGAGAUGGGAGAGACGGGAGAUGUCCUCAAAGCGAAGGAGAAUAAGAUCAUUGCCUUAGUAUGA